AAAUUCACAGUUAUAUAAAUAGAGGACCCAACUUCACUUCACAACUGUGAGGCGCUGCUUUUUGGCUCGGAAAAACGCGAAGCUCGAAAAAGAGAGAUUGUUUUAGCUGCAGGUUUCUUGUGAGGAACAAAAGAAAUGGUGUUUUUGUUCGGCGAACAAAGCUGCUGACGUCAUUUCCAUGGGUUGCGAUUGUGUCAGGUGUUAGCGCAUCAAGGUUAACAACAGUUGAGAGGCUCAUCUUUAUCCGUGAUCUUGUCAACCGUAAGACUUUGGCGAAAGAAUCCGUUGGCACAGAGGCAUUCGCUUUAUGAGGGGCUCUAUUUUUAAAGUGGCUUUAAAUCUCGACUAGCAACUCUUAAAAGAUCUUUUAAAAGAGCCGUUUUUAAUUCAUGACUCAGAAAUCUGCAAAACGGUUAGCGUGAAAACCAGUCAAACAUCUGCAAUGAGUUUGGGAGACCCUAACUCGGAACUGACGAUGGAAAGCAGGAACAGCCGCAACGGAAACAGAGACCGGCUUGGACUGAGCUUCACUAUUGACUACCUUCUGUUCAAUAGCGGAGUCAAAGGUUCGAAAGGAGAAGUGAUUGCAAGUAGCGUGGCGGAGCAGACGGAGCGCAAUAUGCUAAACGAUCAGAAUCCUGAACUUAGAGAGGUGGAGAUUUGUCGCGACGUACAGGGUAUCCGUCCUCAGGGACCAGACCCAGAGUCUGGGGAAAGCAAAACCGGUGAAGAGGAGUGGGACAAAGAACAACACGAGGAGGGAGAAGAGGAAGCGACCGCCACCACGACGCCUACGAGCUGCAGUCCUGACAAAUCUUCAGACAAACCAAACCAGUCGUACAUCGCGCUCAUCUCAAAGGCAAUCCUGGCGUCUGAGGAGAAGAAGCUGCUGUUGUGUGACAUCUACCAGUGGAUCAUGGACCACUACCCUUACUUCAAGAGUAAGGAUAAAAACUGGAGAAACAGCGUGCGCCACAACCUGUCCCUCAAUGACUGCUUCAUCAAAGCGGGUCGGAGCGACAACGGCAAAGGCCACUUCUGGGCUAUCCACCCCGUGAACUACCAAGAUUUCUCAAAAGGGGACUACCACUGCCGGAGGGCGCGGAGAAGGGUGCGCAGGAUGGCGGCGCAGAUCCGUCUCUCCUCGCUGAGCUCCCCUUACCACCCCGCUGUCGCCCUCGCCCUCCCUCACAGAACGACCUGUUGGUGCUGCCCUCAGGUCCCAACACUUCCUCUGUCCUGUUUGGCACCCAGGCUCUACUGGCCCUGGUCCAGCCUGCAGCCACAAGUGGGGCUGCACCUGGGCCUCAAUCCCUCUGUACCCUGAAAGGGUUUGAGCCCUUCUAUAUUUGUCGCCUCUUACAGUGUGGUAUAAGGAGAUACGGUAGUAUCUGUUGUCAUAUAAUUCACACCGCUAGAUGGUUUAGGUUUACGCUGUAUCCUUAUUUAAAGAAAGGAGUAAUUAGAUAAAACAGUUUCUAUAUUUUAAAGCUCCUGCAUUUCGCUCACUUGUAUUAGAAAGUUUUUGCUGUAACGUUAUUAAAUGAUAAAU